AGAAAAAAAAACACAGAGACUGCCAACUGAAUACUAUAUUUUAUUCUUAUAAUUUACCAAAUGGUAAAUUCAAUGCGAUUAUACGAGUAAAAAUCCAAUUUUGUUGUGAUUUUUAAGGGAAAGAUCGGAUUUUGCAGUUCCAAUCACAUGGCCGCUGAGCAGAUUGACUUCCCAUUGCUUCCUUCUCUAGUUCUUAACUUUCCUUUUUUGACUUUUCUCCCGCCGCUGAAGCUUUCAUUAAUGGCGGAUUGGGAGGUUACACUUGCCGACGUGAUUUGCUUGCCGUUUCUGUUUCCUUCUCAAUUCUCAGCGAGCUGCUCCUGUUCAACGCUCGAUGCAGAAACUGAACCAGAAAUUUUGAAACAGAUACAGUAGUCUCAUCUUCCUUUAUACCACAUCAAGGUCAUGAAACUAUAGUUCAUGCUAGUUCUAAGAUCAGUAUGGAAAACAGUUCAGAGUGUAGAGAAGAUAAGUAUUCAGAAAUCGAUUGUUCAGAAAUCAGAUAUGAUUUGGAGAAGUUUAUAGGCAAGCGGCCUUUGGAUUUGCAUCCUAAACCACCAAAGUUUAGGAGAAGAUUAAGGCAGAUCCAAAAAACUCUACCUUUAAGCCAAGAAUUAUCGAGUUUUUCUGAGUAUAUGUUCAGUAUCAACCACCACCAAGUUAGGAAGACUACUCAAAGUAUGAUUGAGAAUGAGUUCUUCGUUGAGUGUUCACUGGUUGUUCGAUCGGGAAAUGUAGUCAUGAUACCUUCAACUAUAUAUGAUCCUAUAGAAGGCAUGGCGAAGAGAAUGAGCCUCAAAGAAAUCUCACCUUCUAGAUUGACAAGUAGUGAAGAAAACUCGCUUCCCUAUUUCGUGUUCAUUGCGGAUGAUUGUAGUUGUGAAACUAUUGUGGCAAGUCCUAUGAAGCUCAAACCCUCUGAAAACAAGUCCUUGGAUUAUGUUUAUAGCUUCCAUUCACUGAAAGCAAGCGGAAAUCUAUCGAACAAGAGUGUUACAUAUGCUCCACAUAUUGUUGGAAGGAUGACAGUCUCGAGUUCUCUCAUUGUGAGCUUGAACAGAUCGAAAUUCAUGGAGACUGAGUUUGUUUUGUUCGAUAGUAAGGGAGAACAAUCAAUGGAAAAAGAUGUGUCUUCAUCUCAAUUGAAAAAGCUUGCCACCAUAUUUCGACCAAGUAGUACAUUGAAGCGCAAUACUAAAUCACAAAUGAUCGAUGAAUCAGAGUGCCAAGAUGGCGUUGCGAAUGGCCUUUCACCGAUCCUUGAGCUGGCCGCAAUAGUUACUCGAGAUUACGGGUACAAAGAAUCAAAAGGAGAAGCUUUUGGUGGUUGGGGCCUCAAGUUCCUUGAGAAAGUUGAGUCUAAGAAUUCCUUGAAUGAGAGUCACGAAGAAAGGCACAAACACUUGAAUGUUCUACUCCCGGCGGGACUACACGGUGGACAGGUCAUGAAAGACGGCGGUCCAUCGAGUCUUAUUGAUCGAUGGAAGGCCGGCGGACAUUGUGAUUGUGGAGGUUGGGAUGUUGGGUGUCCAUUGACAGUGCUGAAAAGCCACUCAGUUUGUUCAAAGACAGAUUUGGAAGAGCAUUGCAAGCCCUUUGAACUUUUCAUAGAGGGUAGAAAGAAGAAUGAACCAACUCUCAAACUGAUGAAUGUCAGCAAAGGCAUUUAUGUUGUGAACUUUGAGCCAACUCUAUCAGCUCUUCAGUCUUUUUCCAUAGCAGUUGCUUUCAUUCAUUCUCAUGAGACUGUACUCUGAAUAAUUUUUUUCUCUGUUCUUGUUUUUAUUGUUAAAAUCUAUUUUUUUUGUAAAUGGUCCACUGAGCAAUAGCAGAGUCUCAACUAAAAAAGUAAGAACUGUUCUUGAGAAUCUCAUCCAAUUCCUGUUUUAAAAGUUUUUUUUCAUGGAGAGGAAAAACUGCAAGUUGAAUCUGA